CAUGGCCGGCGAGCACCACGCUAGACGCACUACUGGUAUACCAGUAGGUAUAUAAACCCGACUGCCAGCCGUUAAAACUUUACAUUCAGUCAAAACGUACAGUGACUUCAACGCACUCAACGACCAAAAAAAAACCUUAUUUAUUCGCCAUGGCAUUCCAAACCGUCGCCGUCUUCGCCUGCGUGCUCGCCGCCGCACUCGCCGCCCCCGCAUACCCGGCACCUGCUGCUUACCCAGCACCCGCCGCCGCCUACCCAGCACCCGCUGCAUACCCAGCACCCGCUUACUCCGCACCCAAGUCCUACGCCCCGGAACCUGCAUACGCCCCAGCCCCGUACAACUUCGAAUACAGCGUGCACGACGAUGCCACAUACGACAUCAAGAGCCAGUCCGAAUACAGCGACGGUAACGGUUACGUCAAAGGAUCCUACAGCCUGGUCGAGCCCGAUGGUACCAAGAGAAUCGUCGAAUACACCGCUGACGACUACAACGGUUUCGUCGCCGAAGUGAAGAAAGAAGGCACACCGUCUUACAGCUCCGCACCGGCCUACAAGCCAGCGUACAAGGCCCCAGCUUACCCAGCGGCCCCAGCCUACCCAUCGGCCCCAGCCUACCCAUCGGCCCCGGCUUACCCAUCAGCCGCCCCAGCCUACAAGCCAGCAUACUCUGCCCCAGCUUACUCCGCACCGGCUUACUCCGCACCAGCUUACUCUGCACCAGCCCCAGCUUACUCCGCACCAGCUUACUCUGCACCAGCCCCAGCUUACUCCGCACCAGCUUACUCUGCACCAGCACCAGCUUACGGAUACUCCACCCCCGCCCCGGCUUACGGACACGCCGCCCCAGCCUACAAGCAAUCGUACGCUGCCCCAGCAUACAAACAAUACUAAUUUAUAAUGAAUUCUAGGAACAAAUAAUUUAUUGUAUUUUUAUGUAAAUAAAAUUUCAAAUUGUCAACUAUCAAAA